AUGCGACCUACUCUUUCGCUCCUGCAGAAUGCUCGGCUGACGCUCUAUUCGCGGCUGAACUGUGGGCUAUGCGAGACAGCCAAACUCAACCUGAACAACCUCCGGCAACGAAAGACAAUCGAAUACACGGAGAUAGACGUGAUGGCUCCCGGGAACCAGCAGUGGAAGGACAUGUACGAAUUCGAUGUUCCCGUUCUACAUGUCGAAAAGAAGCUCUCCGAUGGCCGACUGAGCGAUCCAAAGAAGCUGUUUCAUCGGUUUACCGAAACAGAGGUUCAAAAGGCUAUUGAUGAGUGCUAG